AUGUCUUUAAUUAUUGCAACGACAAUCCUCGAGCAAAAAGCUGUUGAUCCUUUCGAACCUAGAGAAACGGUCUUGGAGUUAUCUUUACCUUCUACUUCCACGAGCGCCAUUAACAAUAAUGGUGACAAACAUUUUGAUAAUGUUGCACAAACUUCAGCAUUACAUAAAAAUAACUCGGAAUUAUCGCUAAGAAUUAAUGCGGCUACACCUCCACCUUCCCAAUCAGUAGCAGUUGGCUCAAGUUCAUUGUUGACUCGUAGCCCGUCACUUGACCCAUCAUAUCUUGAAACUAGAAGACAGUCAGAUGCGGAAAUCAAGAAAAAAGGGAAAAAAGUGCAAGCAUUUUAUCGUGAUCAAAAUGACCUUAUCGACGAUUUAAUUACACCUAUAAAUAGUUUAGAACAACAAGUGCCAUAUAAUUUAAAGAUUAAAAUAGCAGUUAAUGGAUCAAUGGGUGUUAAUAUUUUACUUUUUGGCCUUCAAUUAUAUGCUGCUAUCUCAUCUGCCUCAUUAUCCUUAUUUGCUACAAUGGCUGAUUCAUUUAUGGACCUUCUGUCUAAUGGUACUUUGGUAUAUACGACACGGGCAGCGAGUAAAAAAGAUCUUGUCAACUAUCCAAGCGGAAAAUCUAGAAUGGAGACUACCGGAAUCAUCAUUUUUUCUACGCUCAUGAGCACGUUGUCACUUCAGAUUAUUAUUGAAUCAAUCAAAUCGCUAGUUGGCACUACACACACAAAACCACAUCUAACUGUUUGGUCUAUCCUUUGUGUUGUCAUCGCAUUAGGUUUUGUGGCCAAAUUUGGCUUAUUCCUUUAUUGCUACGCUCACAGAAAGAAUCCGACAGCUGCCAUCCUUAUGUUAGAUCAUAGAAACGACAUGAUUAUAAAUUCGUUUGGUCUGACAAUGUCUAUAUUAGGUAACCACAUUUCAUGGUGGAUUGAUCCAAUUGGUGGUAUUCUAGUGGCAUUGAUAAUUUUGCGAAGUUGGGUUUCAACCGCAAAAGAACAUGUUCAAAUGAUUGUGGGAAAAAGUGCAGAUCCAGCAGCCUUACAACGAUUAACAUAUAUUUCUCUCACACACGACGAAAAAAUUCUGCAGGUUGAUACAUGCCGUGCUUACCACGCUGGAAACAACCUCAUUGUUGAAGUUGACAUUGUAAUGGAUCGUGACACGCCACUUUGGGAAUGUCACGAUAUCAGUGAAGGUUUACAAGUGAAACUUGAGAGUUUGCCAAAUGUCGAACGUGCUUUUGUGCACGUCGAUUAUGAGACUAGUCAUAAGCCUGAACACCAAAAGAGUGAUUGA